AAUCGCCCCCGUCGUGCAUCCGCCAUGCGCUACAUUGUACUCUGCAUUCCGCUCAUCAUUGCUUCCGUGGCCCUCGCCCUCGUCACCGGCGCAGAGGCUCGCACUCUUCCCGACCAGUCCCCCGCCUCCUCUGGGCUUUCCCGUCGUGGAAACACCGUCUCGGUGCCGGGAGCCAACAACUUCGUCGUUGGCAGCAUUAUUGGCCAGGCCCCGACAACGAGGACCUACGACUUCGUCGUCACCGAGAUGGAAGGCGCUCCCGAUGGCUUCACGAAGCCCAUGCUCGUCGUAAAUGGGCUGUUCCCUGGUCCGACUAUCGAGGCUAAUCAAGGUGACCGGCUUGUCGUGAAGGUUACGAACCAAAUGUCGAACACGACAGCGAUCCAUUGGCACGGCAUUCCUCAGAACGGCACAAACUACUACGAUGGCACGGCGGCGAUCACGGAGUGUGGCAUCCCGCCCGGCCAGUCGCUUACUUACGAUUUCUCGCUCGAUACUUUCUCAGGCACGACCUGGUGGCAUGCCCACUACGAUACGGAGUACACCGACGGUAUUGAAGGCGCGCUCAUCGUUCACCCACGGUCCUACCCUCCCAACUUCCCCACCUGGGACGAAGACCUCGUUGUCGUGCUGACCGAUGUGUACCACACGUUCAGCGGUAUCAUUGCCGCAGAGCUUGCCGCGGGUAAUGGCUCCUUGUCGCCAAUUUUACUCCAGGUCCCGGACAGUGGUGCCAUCAACGGCAUCGGACAAUACAACGGCAGUACCAACUACUUUGAUUUUGACUUGAAGCCUAACAAGACUUACCGCCUGCGCCUUAUCAACGAGGGCUCUGAAGACCCGAUCCGCUUCUCCGUCGACUAUCACUCGCUGACCGUCAUCGAGGCCGACAGCACGCUCAUCGAGCCCCAGGUCGUCUCCGGCGUCGCGAUCGAGGUAGCACAGCGCUACUCGGUGCUCAUCACCACGAACCAGACAGCAGAGCCCCAGGGCAACUACUGGAUGCGCGCCGAGCUCGCGAGCGUCGCCACCCUCCCGGGUGCCAACGCGGACAUUCGCGGGAUCAUCAGGUACGGAGGCAACAAGUCCUUGCCGACGGCCUCGACGGACCCUGGCGUGCCCGGCUCGGGCCUCUCUGACCUCAACGUCGCGACACUGGUGCCGGCCAUCGCCAAGACGCCGCUGGACAGCACCAAGUCCUACGUGGUCGACUUCACCCUCACCCAGUCAACCGAUGGCGGAGCGAUUGCAUUCAUGAACGGCACGAGCUGGCAACCACUCACGAACACGUCGACUCUGCUGCAGAUCGUGCAGGACGGUCAGAAGGGCCAGUCAUUCGCUCCGGAGGGCCCUAGCCUGCAGCUGGGCAACCAGUUCAUGAUCACUGAAGACACCAUCCAGACUGUUGACAUUUUGCUGGUGAACCAAGGCCCCGGCGGGCACCCGUUCCAUCUUCACGGCCAUGCGCCGUUCAUCCUGGGCUCCAAUACAGGUACAUUCGACGGCACUGGAAUCAACACCGUAAACCCGAUAUAUCGCGACACUUUCCUCGUCCCCAACGGCGGCUGGACCCUGAUACGCUUUGUUACGGACAACCCUGGAAUCUGGGCCUUUCACUGCCAUAUCGCCUGGCACAUGGCCGUCGGCCUGCUGAUGCAGAUCAACAGCUUACCGUCCGUGUCUGCGAAGUUCGACAUACCUCAAACUAUCCUCGACCAGUGCCGCGUCUGAGCAAUGGCACUGUGGAAUGGACUCUAAUAUUUAUGGCUACAGUGACAGGAUUUGUGGACAGUUUUUGCGACGCUCUGGAAAGAUAGCUGGUACCGUAAUAUGGGGAUACACGUUAUUGUCUAAUAAUGUAGUAUGAUAACAAAGAAACUU